CACAAAACAAAAACUAUUAUUUUUAAUUUUUUGCAUUUUUAAUUAAAAUCUAUCAAAAUUACUGUGGAAAAUAUAAUGACUCCAACUCAUACAGAUACUCCUUUAAGGAGAUCUAAUAUGAGUGUAUUUAAAACGCCUGCCCAAACUCCAAUCAAUGAUGACGAAGAGGAGAGAAGGCAGGCUAGGAGACGAACUAUUCUGGACGAUUCUGCUAGUACAGCGAGUUCCACUAUAGAAAAUAAUCAGACUCUGAAAGAUUGUUUAAAAAUAUUUACUGACAAUAAAUUAAGCAAAGAGAAUGCUUGGUCGGUUUCUCUUAUCGAUACACUGUCCAAUUUACUGGAUAAACAUCACAAAUCAUUAAAUAAUUUUAAAGUAGCCGGUUCAUCACUGGAGGCUUCAAGUAAAGUUUAUGGUCUUCGUGUUGAUUCUGUUCAUACGGAUGUUGUUCGUAUGUCUGCUGGUCUUUAUAAAGAUAAACAAAAAGAAUCUGCAAAUGAAGCUGUUGAUGAUGAAAAUAAUGAUAAAGGAGAUCAAAAUGGUCCAAUCCCAGAAAACGGAGAAAAUGCUCCAGGUGAAGGAGAAGAGAUUUCACAACCAAAACGCAAAAAACGAAAACGCAAACAAGUAUCGACAGUUACCAGAAAUGAAGAUACAAUAAAUGGACAUUUAGAUACACAUCCUUGCACAGAUCCAAUUUUUGCGAAAUUGAAUUCAAUUAUAGGCAGUAUAAACAGUUCCAAUAGAUUGUUGCAAAAUAUUUUGCCUACUGUAAAUUCCGAAUUAAAGUUAAAGAUGUCUUAUUUAUUUUGGGAUCCAAGUGAAAGUAAAAACUUAAAGUACGAAGAAAAUUUUAAUUAUGAAGAAGAAAAAAUGGCUGAAUUCAAACCACUAGAGGAUAUUAAAUUAGCAAAUUGCUUUUUAAGGCCGGACCAAAGUGGUUACGUAAUAACCGACACCCCCGCAGAUCCAGAUGACGAUGAUCCACCAUUACGAUAUGAUUCAAGUGAUUCUGAAAAAGAAAUGAACUCCAAUUCAAUGGCUUUAGCUUUUGAUAUUAAUGCUGACGUAGAACCCGAACCUUUAGAUACACAUACUUUUGUAGAUAUUGAUAUUGACCAAUUUAAUGAAUUGACACAAGAAGAACAAAUCGCUAUAAAUAAAUGUAAAGGAUUACGUCGAGUUCCUGUUGUUAUAGAAGAUAUGCGUCCAGUUGAUUCAACCUCUAAUCUAGAAUACUCGUAUCGACCAUUAGAUAAAAUCAGUCAGUUUUGGGCCGGACCCUCACAUUGGAAAUUUAAAAAAUCAAGAAAAACAAGUUUUAGUAUGGUUCAACGAUUAACACAAUCUACCGAAGUUGGUUCAAAACAAAAACAAAGACCACGUAGAGUAAAUAGAUUACAACCUAAACAAGUACAAUUUGGUGAAACACAUGAUGAUCUAUUUCAAAAAUUAGAUUCGAAAAAAUCAAAAUUAAAAAAGGCUAAUGUACAAAAAAAAUGGGAUGCAAAAAAAUUAAAAUUACCAACAGAUUUGCAAAUCGAUGAAGAAUGCUUUGAUGUUUAUGAAUAUGGGCCAGCAAUUCAAGUUUCAGAAAUUGAUAAUGCAAUAUCACCUGAUUUACCAUUAGAAUCAUAUGAUUAUAAUAAUGCAACAGAUCAACAAUAUUGCAGUAAUAUACAGAAUGAUGAUGAUUUUGUAGAUGAUCGAAACGAUGAUAAUUUACAUAAUAAUUCAAAUCAUGAUUUACCUGAACAAGCAAAUGCUUCAAAUACAACAGUAAUGGAAAUUUCAACUGAUUAUGAGGGAGCACCUGAUAAAGUAAUAAGAGUUGUUGUGCCUUUUGCCAAACGUGCUAAAGUUAUUGAUAUGAAACAAUUAAAAUAUUGUUGUAUGAGUUUAAUAAAGAAAGAUUUCGGUGAUACGGAAAAAGAAAAUCUUCCAAAUCCACCAAGCUAUCCAAAUGAAAAAUAUAAUCCAGGUGUAUCGACAUUCAAAAAUUUAUAUACAAAGUUACCUAAAAUUUUAACACCAAAUAUGGCUGACGCAUUAUCAACAACAGUAGCAUUUUAUUCAAUUUUACAUUUAGCAAACGAUAAUAAUUUAAGAUUAGUUCAACAAAAUGAUUUAAAUGAUUUUCAGAUACGUCAAUUAAAUGUUUAACUUUAAUAUUAAUAUUUAAAGAGAAAGAAAAAAAAAAAAGAAAAUUUUAUAGAAAAUAACAAAAAUUAAAUAUUUUUUUUUUUAACAUUAAAGACUUUAAUUUCCAAAAGGCAAGAAUCGAAAGAAAUCAAGCGAAAUAUAAUUCAGAACAAAUAAUAAGUUUUUGAAUUGCAUUUAACUUGAAAUAUUGCACCAAUUUGGAACUUAAGGUAUUAUAAUUUUAUUUUGAAAUAUUAUAUCUUAAUAUAGGGGAU